AAAUAAAUAACUAAAUGUGUAUUUUGGAUGUUUUCUUUCCUCUAGUCUGAAAGGAGACAUGUUAUGGAAGCUAAAUAGACCAAAAUCUACGCUGUUAUACCUGCGAUGAACCUUUUAUUACGUUGAUAAUAUCAUCCUGCUGAUACAUCGGUCCGCUCUACUGGAAACUCUCAAUGGAGAAGUGAUAAGCAGGGAUGAUUAUGUGGCCUCAGCCUGCAGCAGAGAAGCUUCCCUGACUGGUGAUAAGAACUGUGUGAGACAAUGAAAAGGUCAGUCAGCUCCACGCUGACAGGCGGAGGUGGUGGAGUGAAUGAAGAGCUGCAGAUACUGUUCUGUCUGUACUGGGAGCCAUAGGGGCGAUGGUGAAAUGUGAUCUGGGGAGCUGGAGCUCGACAUGUGGCUGCAGGUUACUACCUGGAACACACACACACUGGGCUGGGGAAAAGUGUGUGUGCGUGUGUGUGUGUGUGUGUGUGUGUGUGAGGAUGUGUGUAACUUGCAUGUGUGAUCUGACCUCAGCAGCUGCAGUAAUGGUCUGAGGUUUCUGCCCUGCAGUGCUGGAUGUGUGGAUUAAAACAUGAAUGUUUCCGCUCAAGUUCAGUCGAGGUCACUGAGAAACUCACACUGACUUGUCAGUUUACAGCAAAAUCAUAAACGUUUAUUUUGUGUUUUUUUUACAGCAGUGUUACAUGAAAUACUUGUCAGCAGAAGUAGUGACUGUGGUCGAAAGUCAAUUUUUUAGAUUACGAGGGAGAAAAUAAAUGAAUGCAGUUUUGUUCAUUUAGACUGGAUAUUUUUUUAAUUUACAUAAAGUCCAUCAUGCAACACAAAGGUUCACUUCCACUAUAACUACCUCUGUGUGCCGGGAAACUGCGUGUGAUAAUGAGGCAAGUAAUGCUGAUUUGUGGGAUUCAUUACACGUCUGACAGCGUUCAUUAGAUACAAAUGGAAUGAAUCAUAUUUCUGUGUUUGUGUAAUCCAUCCUCCUCUCCUCCAUCAGAGCUCCUCUGUUGGUCACUAAAGGCUUUAGCUGAUGAUUUGUCUUUAUUUCAUCCUCAUGAGCACAUAAAGCAGAUAUUUAUCCAAGUGUUUCUCCUUUAGAGUUAUGAUGUUACCAAAUAGUGUUGGAUGCUUUACAUCUUUAGUUUAAGAGUACUGGGUCAUCUGUCAUUUCUUUCAAUAGGACAAACAUUUCUAGAUUUAUUCUUCUUUGUUUUUUGACUGCUGACUUGAUACUGUAAUACCUCUUAUAGUAAUAUUAGGGUUAGGUUUAUGUCCAGCACAGUGUUUACUUUGUUUAUAUGGGCCACAGAUCAUAUUCCCAGGUAUUAAAUAACUGCAGAAACCUAGCCUGAUAUCGCCAGAUUAGAAAGUGAAUGUGCGUUAGUCCGGUACUUUACCAUUCAACGGGUUAUCAACAUGUGAACAAUGUCUUCAUAAAACGGUUCGUAUGAUAUGAUGAUAUAUGAUGAUGGUAUGAUACAAAAAAAGUGAAUCCCCAUUUGUGUAGCUUAAGAUUUCUCUUUUUUGAUAAAACAUUCAGCAUUUAAAAUCAAAUCACUUCAACAUUCUAGGUCAGUUUUAAAUAUAUUGGUCAACCCCGGUGCAAUGUUUUGUUCGAAACUGUGAAGCGAUUCUUCGGAUACGAAGUUGAUAUCAUUUUUAUUUUAUUUCACUGAGGAUUACUUUAUUCCUCAUUAUGCUGAUCCUGUAGCUCCGUAUCUUUAAGACCCCGAUCAAUGUGAACUUUGAUGUAUAUGCUGUGCACAUAUUGUAAUCAAUGAACCACACACACUGUCAAAAUAAAUAGUUCCUCUUAUUUAUGUAUUCAUGCAGUGAAAGCUGUAAUCCAUCAGGUAUCUCUAUUGAGAUUUGAGCCUCACAAGAAAAGAACCCCAGGUAGCACAUGUUUAGUGUCCCUGGUUUGAAGUAGGAUUCAGCAGCUACUCUAAAUUAUGCUAAAACCUAUUUUAUUCCGUCUUUGGAGAUGUAGAAUAUAGAUAAAAAAAUGCCUUAAAUGUCUUGCGAAACCCAAAUAGUGACCCUGACUAUCUGUCACCGAGUGCCCUGACUGGAGAUAAAACCCCACAUACCUGUCACCCUCCACUGGAACCCCCAGCGCCAGUCUACCUGGAGACACAGACGUGAACGUUUGGUACUUCGAACACGAGCUGUUUUUAUAAACCCACAUAAAUCCUGAGAUAAAGUACGACACCGGCAUUCAUAGCAUCACAACAUGGAGGCAUCUUUCCCCUUGGUGUGGCUCAUUAGGACUCUAAUGGCUUCACAAUGGGGUCAAAGGUUUAGAUUCUCUUCAUAAUACUAUCUGAAGAAGCUGAUUUCUUGCAGUGGAGUGAAAUGGUAACAAAAAACAAAAAAGCACCACCCAAAAUAUCUUUUCACCGCUGAUCUUAGGGAACGGCAUCUCUGCAGAUUGUUCAGUGCAGAUUCCUUUUAGCUCUGGACGGGCUGUCAGAGUGGCAGUGAAGGGCAAAGUGUUCUAGCCUGCAGUUCUCUCUGCUGUCAGUCUCGAGCGCUGUGAAAUCCGAGCCGGCUUGGUGUGGUCGUUCAUCCGCCCGGCUCACUUUAACUUAUGUCGGUUCAUGUUUCUUAUGCACGUUUUCACUACAGAGCAUGGAAUCCACAUGCAAAAGGCACAUGCACCCUCCAGCAUGUGUCAAACACAGUCGCAGGAAUAACAUGUUGGCAUUGGGAGUUUCUGCAAACCCUGAAUCUCAACGUUUCAUAUCAACAUUUCUACAUAAUCAUAUAUCAACGUGUAUAAUAUUUUAACCGCUUGUGGCUCUUUUUCCAUUUUAAAACUGCAUUCUUAUUUACGUAUACGUUUCGGGAACAAAACGUGAUUCGACAAUUUUCUCGCUGUUGAAUCUGCUCUGAAGGAAACUGAAAGUGAGAAUAUCUUUAAAUGACACUUUGUGGGUGCUUUUAUUGAAAAUAAAAUAGAAUAUGUAGUAGACAGAUAACUCAAAACAGACUUUAAUCUAAUGUGCGAGUCUCCAGCCUUUCAGAAUUAUUUUAUGCAUGCUUGGAAAAACCAUAACAAAACCUUGAGAGAACAACUUGCCAUCUAAUUAAAUGCAGCAUUCAGUAAAUGUUUUACAAGCAAUGCAACUGAGGCCGUGGUUUUCAUCUGAGACGCUUCAACUUUAUUACAGUCAGUGAUCUAAAUUCGUCCCAGUGUUCAUGCAGCCCAUUCUGACCGAGUCUCCCUCGUAACUGAGACAUUAAAAUUCCGACAGUGUGGGAUUUUGAUCCUUUGUUGAUCUUGAAAGCAGCAGUUUGGUGGCUCAUGGCUUCAGGGACGUCUGAUGCACACACACACACACACACACAGCAAUCAGCAGCUCAGACGUACAGUACACAUGCAGCCGUUUACACUUGGAUCAGGACUGAACCACCCACUGUCAUCUGCACGGCACCGAGUCAUCAAACUACAAAUCCCUCCUCAGAGUUCUGUGAUGACAAAGGCUUAGAAGUGGUAAUUAUGAUGAAUACUUUUUGCUAAUAUUUGGCCACCAAAGGAAUAAUUAUGGGGAAGGUUUUGAGCUGUCACCUGUCUAUAAAAGCUUGGAGACAACUUUCUGCUGCUGAAACAAUGUGUUGUUUUACUUUGCCUUCUUCUUUUUUUUUUUUGUGGUAAAGGCAAGUUGGGGCAGGAGUCAGAUACCUCGCCAAAGGCCUCCCCUCUGCUGCGUCAUUGUGUAUUCUGUGUCCAUUUUGUACUCUUUUUGGAGCUUAGUGGCAAUGAUUGGUUUCUAUUUAGAAAAUAGUGUAGGUACAAGGGUUAAGUGUGUAUUACAUGUUAUGCAAAGCGAAACAGACAAGAUUAUUUACUCAAGGAAACUACUUUUGUUUCCAAAAAAGCUUAUCCUUUUCUUGGUUUAUAGAUUAUAUUCACAUGACAUUUAAUUGUCUCGUUCUUUCUUUCCUUUGUACAGGUCUGAGGAUCUUCAUGGAGGUACCGAAGAUGGCAGCUUUAGGAACAGCUCUCCUCACUUUAGCGUCGGUCCUCCUGCACGUGGCGAGAUGUCAUGGGAGCAUGGGAAAAGGAAAAGACAGCUCGCCCCUGAGGUUCACGCAUCAUCUCUACAACGCCACCAUCAAUGAGAACUCGGCCCCGCGGACGUUUGUUGAGACGCCAGUGAAGAUGGGCGUUGAGGUGACGGAUCUGUUCUGGGAAAUCAAAUACGAUGUCGUCUCGGGAGAUGACGAUGGCCUUUUCCAAGCAGAGGCAGUUCAGGUUGGAGAUUUCUGCUUCCUCAGGAUCAAAACACGCAGCAGUAACUCGGCACAACUCAACAGGGAGGUCAGAGACGCUUACACUCUCACCGUGGCUGCGACCGAAAACACUUUUGGCUUACAGGCGAAGACGAAGGUGUUUGUCCAAGUGCUUGAUACCAACGACCUAAAGCCUCUUUUCUAUCCUGCCUCGUACAACGAGGCCAUCAGGGAGGACACUCCAGUUAAGUCAAGUGUGGUGAGGGUAAGCGCCACAGAUGCCGACAUCGGGAGCAACGCUCGGUUUUAUUACUUGUUCACCACCAGAGCUCAUCCUUUUGUCGUCGACCCUUUCACAGGCAUGAUCAGCCUCGUCAAGAAGCUCAAUCACGCCCAAAAAGAGAGGUACGACCUCACGGUUUUAGCUGAGGACCGGACGAAGAAGAUGUCCGGUGUUCAAAAAUUUGGUAAUGUCGCCAGGGUUACAAUAAACGUUCAAAAGAUGUCCGUGGGGGCUCCAGUUAUUAAACAUCCCCUCAGACCCACAGUAUCUACAGAUGGCAAAAUAACUAUGGAUGUCCACGUGGAGGCAGGAGUUAAGCCUGUGGAAUCCCUAAAUAUUGUUGGAGGGGAUCCACACAAGUGUUUUGAGAUAAUCCCUUUCGGUGUGCAGGGCUGUGACUUCCAAGUCCUCUCUACAAAGAGGAUUAUCUGGUCUCAAACUCCUUUUGGGUUGAAUCUGUCCCUUCAAGCUAAAGACAGGAGCCUCCCUAGUUUACUCUCUCCAAUUACGCUAAUCCACGUUCCGGUUUAUCAUUACAGCCCUUUGGCAUUUUUAGAGGACACCUAUGUUGUCACCCUGAGUGAGUUCUCACCCCCUAAAACUCACGUGGUUAAGGUUUCGGUCACCUCGGUACCUUAUAAUGUUAUCUUCAGUAUCAAAAAUAACCCGGACAGCACUAAAUUCACAAUAAAUCCCAAAAACGGAAUUAUCAUAACAACAGAGAAAUUUGACUAUGAGAGAAAGGAACGAUACGAGUUUGAUGUAGUGGCCAAUCACGGUGACGCUGAGACUCACAUAGUGAUUGAGAUAACCGAUGAAAACGACAACAGCCCACAGUUCACCCAUCCCUCCUAUCAGGCCACACUGGAUGAAAACACCCCCGUUGGCAGCAGUGUUUUGAAAGUCGCCGCCACUGACGAAGAUAAAGGAAAAAACGGCUUUGUGACUUUCGCUAUUGCGAACGCUGGACCCUUACCUUUCAUAAUAGACCCAUUCACGGGUGUCAUCUCUACCACCGAACACUUGGACUACGAGCGCAUGAAACGGCUGUACCACCUGAGAGUUUGGGCCUCAGACAGCGGAAGCCCCUUCAGUCAGGUCAGCGAAUGCCCCGUGACGAUAACCCUGAACAACGUCAACGAUAACUUCCCUCUGCUUGAGAGGGUGGGCUGCAACACCACCAUACCUCAAGAUUUACCCGUGGGACACACAGUCGCUCAGCUGUCGGCCAUUGAUGUGGAUGAGCUGCAGCACUUGAGGUACGUUAUCGAGUCGGGAAAUGAGCUCCAAGUAUUUAAUCUUGACUCGGUGUCGGGAGCCCUCACCCUUAAGCAGCCGAUUCCCCUGCGAGAGGGUGCUUUCAAUUUGAGAGUUGUAGCCACUGACGGGAAACAUUUCUCUGAAGCUUCACUUAUCAGGGUAACUGUCACUAACAGGGGCGAUAACGCAACGCUCCGCUGCCACGAAACGGACGUUUUAAAACAGCUGACCGAUAAACUGAUUGAGUCAAUCAAACCCAGUUUAACCAAUCAAGAGGAAAACACCUUCUCUGAUAUUCACAUCACCAACCGGCAUUCUCCCAAGUUUGAUUCGAGCAUCCCAGGUUCAAUCAACCUGAUUGAGGACCAUCCACUGCUUUCCACCAUAGUUCAGUUCAAGGCGACAGACACUGACACUGGGUUUAACAGUAAGCUGGUGUACACCAUAUCAAGUGGGAAUGAGAACGGCUGUUUCUCCAUCGACAUGUUCUCCGGUGACCUUCAGUUAGUUUGCCCAUUAGACCGAGAGAGUAAAGAGUUCUACAUCUUGAACAUCACUGUUUAUGAUUUGGGAACGCCGCAGACAUCCGCGUGGAAGUUCGUUGCAGUGAACGUCAUGGACGUCAACGACAAUGCUCCUGUUUUCGAUCAGCCCAGGUAUGUGGUACGUGUGCCUGAGAACACAGAGGUGGACUCCAUCGUUUUUACGGCUCGCGCAAUAGACCCCGACAUCGAUACGAGCGGAAGUGUCCAGUACUCCUUGCUGACGUCUACCGAUAUGUUCAGAAUUGAUGAAGUGACCGGUGAGGUGACUGUGACGAGUGGUUUGGAUCGAGAAACCUCACCCAGGCACGACCUCAGGAUCGUAGCCAGAGACCAAGCCAAACUCGGCCCUCAGUUGUUCUCCAUGGUUGACCUGGUGGUGGUUUUGCAAGACAUAAAUGACAACCCACCCAAGUUUGUACCCAAAGUUUACAAAAUAAAAGUUCCAGAGGAUGUACCUGUGGGCACCCUCCUCGUGUGGGUUGAGAGUGUUGACUUGGAUCUGGGCAGCGGAGGCCUCGUCACCUACAACCUCAAGAAUAAAGAAGGCGAGAUCUUUCACCUCGACUCCUCCACGGGUGCCUUGAUCCUCGAGAGGGAGCUGGACUUUGAGAGGCGGCCGGUUUACAACCUCACAGUCCGGGCCGUCGAUCACGGCUUCCCUCGCUCCCUCUCCUCCUCCUGCUUUGUGGAGAUUGAGGUUCUGGACGUCAACGAGAACCUCAACAGACCAGUAUUUUCAGAGUUUGUGUAUGAAGCCGGAGUGAUGGAGGAUGCAGCAGUGGGGACAUCAGUGGUCACACUUACAGCUUCAGACAAGGACCUGGGCAGAGAUGGAGUUGUCCGGUACCACAUCCAUGAAGGCUCUGGUCUUGGAGUGUUCACCAUUGACGAGGAAACAGGUGUGAUUCGUACAACAGAGGCGUUGGACCGCGAGACGAUGCCUCACUACUGGCUCUCCGUGUACGUCACCGACCUGGGGACCGAGCCUCUGAUCUCCUGGACUCACGUCUUCCUGGAGGUCCUGGACGUUAACGAUAACGCUCCAGAACUCUCUCAGCCGGUGUAUUUCGCGACCGUCCAGGAGAACUUGGCCACCGUCAGGUCCGUCGUCCAGGUGUCGGCCACAGACGUGGACUCGUCCUCUGAGGGGAAGCUGUCCUUCCAGAUUCUGGAAUCUCAUCGGACGUUCUUCAACGUGGAUCCACAAACAGGUGUUAUCAGCACUCUCAAAGCGUUGGAUCGGGAGAGUAAACCUGAACACAGCGUCGAGGUGAUCGUCUCCGAUAACGGAUCUCCGUCUCUGCGCUCCACCGCCACCGUCGUGAUCCGAGUCCUGGACGCCAACGACAACCGGCCCAAGUUCACCGACAAGCUUUUCCAAGUCCAGCUGCCCGAGCAGCGCCGGCAGGCGGGCCAACGGGAAGUGUGCAGGAUGGUCGCCCGCGAUGACGACGAGGGCUCGAACGCCGCGGUGACCUACAAGCUCACGGACGACAGGGACCAGGGAUUCGAGAUCGACCCGGUGACGGGCGUGGUGACGUCGCACGGAGACUUCUGGCCCGGAAACUACAGUAUUCUCACGAUUAAAGCUACAGACCAGGGCAGCCCGCCGCGCUCGUCCACGGCGAGACUCGACAUCGAGUGGAUCGCCCCCCCGCCACCCUCUACCGAGCCAAUCACGUUCGACGAGCCCCCCUUCACCUUUGCUGUCAUGGAAACGGACCCCGUCACCAACAUGGUGGGCAUCAUCAUGACGGAGACGCACCGGCAGAGAUGGUUCGAUAUCAUAGGUGGUGAUGAAGAAAAGGACUUUGACAUCCAGAGAAACACAGGAACCAUCUCCAUCGCCCGCCGGCUCGACGCGGCUCGGCGCUCCAACUACAACAUGACGGUGCAGGUCACCGACGGCCACCACAGCGCCACCACACAGGCCUACAUCCGUGUGCUGGACAUGAAUGAGCAUCGGCCCGUCUUCCUGAAGCCGCUGUACCAGGUGAGGGUUCCUGAGGACACCUCCCCGUGGAAGGACAUCCUGCAGAUCAGCGCGCAGGACGAUGACAUCAACAGUAAGCUGGUGUACUCCAUCCACAGCAGCCUGCAUUCAGACAGCACCAAGUUCUUCCAUCUGGACCCAAAGAGUGGAGUCCUGGUGAUGACGGAGGAGCUCGACUACGAGACGAUCUCCGUUCACACGCUCAUUGUUAUGGUGCGUGACCAGGAGAUCCCUGUGAAGAGGAACUUUGUGAAGGUGGUGGUUCAUGUGGAGGACUGUAACGACCACUCGCCGGCGUUCCUUAGCCCCCGCUACGAGGCCAGCAUCUCCAGCUUGGCCCCUACAGGCUCCGAGGUCGUCCGGGUCAAGGCCCUGGACAAGGACAUGGGCAGUAAUGCCGACAUCAGCUAUUCUUUGAACUCCGGGAAUAUCGACAACAUCUUCUCCAUUGAUCCAGAGCUGGGCUCCAUCAGUGUGGUAAAGCCUUUGGACCUUCAGCCUCAGGACCGCUUCCACUUGACGGUGAAGGCCACCGAUCAGGGCUUCCCUCAGCGCAGUGACCUCUGCUCCGUCCACGUCCACAUCCGCAUCUCUGACCAAAGCCCGCCCACCUUCUCCUUGGAUGAAUACCUAACAGAGAUCAGUGAAUUGAGCACCUUUGGAACUCCGGUGGUCACCAUCUCAGCCUCCAGCCCCGCUGCUGUGCAUUAUGAGAUAGAAAGUGGUAACUCUAAUGGAACAUUUCACAUCAGCCCGUACACCGGGUUGAUUUCAACCCAAAAGCCCCUUGAUUUUGAGAAGUGUACCUCCUACAAGCUCAAAGUUACAGCUUCCACCACGGCUGGAGCCUCGUCCAAGACCGUCGUUUACAUCUACGUGAUUGACGAGAAUGACAACGCUCCUGUUUUUCAGCAGCGGUUGUACCUGGGGCAAGUCGGUGAGUCGGCUCCCAUAAACAGCAUGGUGAUGGGAGAAAGAAACACCCCUCUGGUCAUCCAUGCCUCAGAUGCAGACAAAGAUUCAAACUCUCUGCUGGUUUAUCAGAUCCUCGAACCGGAGGCCCGGGACGUCUUCAAGAUAGACUCAAGUAUGGGCACCAUCUCUUUAAUCUCACCUGUUGACUUUGAAGCCAAGGCCGAGUAUCACUUCACUGUGCAGGUGAAGGACUCCGGGGAGCCAUCACUGUAUGCAACGGAGCCCGCCAAGGUCACUGUUCACGUCCUGGACCUGAAUGACUGCCCGCCACAAUUCACCACCCCUGAGUAUGCGCCAUCCAUCAUCUUCCCGGCUGUCAGAGAUACAGAGGUGGUGCGCGUCAUGGCCCAUGACGUCGACUCGGCGGUCGCGUACAGCAUCGCCGAGGGGAAUCUUCACAAUGCCUUUUCAAUUCACCCCAAUACUGGAGUCAUCACCGUGAGCAAUGUGUCCGAAUUCAGGCAUUUUUACCAGCUAGUUGUCAAAGUCUCUGACGGGCUAUACAAAGCCUCAGCUACCAUCAAAGUAAAUGUAACAAACCUCACAGCGAGCGAUCUUGGAUUUGAGCAGAAAGUGUAUUCAGCCAGCAUUUCAGAAAACCUAAAGACAGUCAAAACUUUGGUGGCACUCAAGGCCAGGGGUUGUUUUUUAAAUGAGCCUCUUUUAUAUUCUAUAGUCAACCCUGUUGGGAAGUUUGUAAUCUGCCAGACAUCUGGCAUUCUUGAAACAACUGGUAUCCCAUUUGACCGGGAGGAACAGGAUGUUUAUGAUGUAGUGGUGAAGAUAGAAGACAUAAGAACACCUCCUAGGACAGCAACCACCCUGGUCAAGGUUUUUAUAGAUGACAUCAACGACAACUCUCCACAGUUUCUAAACUUGCCUUUUUCAAUGAUGAUUUCUGAAACCACUGACCCAGGAGAUGUCUUAUAUCAAGUAACUGCCAUCGACGGAGAUCUGGGAGAGAAUGGGUCCAUCAUGUACUCACUGGAGGAGGACUACGACCUCUUCAGGAUAGAUCCUGAUAUAGGCGACGUAUCCCUCCAAAGGCCUCUUGACUUUGAAGCUCUGAAUAAGUAUGUGUUGGCAGUCUUUGCCACAGACGACGGCGAGCCCAGUCACAGCACAAUGGCACAGCUCAGCAUUCAAGUGAGGAAUCAAACCAACCCUAUUUUCCAGACGCUUCUGUACCCGCUGAAAGUCCCCGAAAACGUCCCCCCAUUCACCACCAUCUUACAUGUCCAGGCCAGGAAUCCCGAGGGCUAUCGGCUCAUCUACAACCUUGAAGAGGAAAACGCCUCACAGCACUUUCACAUUGAUUUCAAAACUGGUGUGUUGACCGUCAGCGACCCCCUCGACUACGAGAGCCAAACCAUGCACGUGUUGACGGUUCGCGCUACUGACUCUGUGACCGGAGCUUUCUCCGAGGCCUCCGUUGAAGUAGAAGUAGAGGAUGUGAACGAUAACGCGCCGGUUUUCUCAAAGCUAAUGUACACUGCGACCUUUGAGGAGGAUCUCCCAAUCCACACCUCUGUCAUACAACUUUCUGCCUCUGACAGCGACUCUGGCAGAAAUAAAGAUCUAACCUUCCAGAUGGUGAAAAUGGAGAGUAACGAGACGGAUUUCUUUGAGAUUGACCCUUAUAGCGGGUUGAUUGUCACAAAACAAGUGCUGGACCAUGAAAACAUAAAACACUUUCAUUUGAAAAUCAAAGCCACUGACAAUGGCAGCGUUCCUCUUAGUAGUGAAGCCCACGUCUUCAUAAAUGUCACCGAUGUCAACGAUAACCCACCAGACUUCGUGAGCUCCCAAUAUGACGCCUCUCUGGAUGAAAUGGCAAGGUGUGGCCACAUCGUCAUCAAAAUCCAAGGUUCAGAUCCGGACUCCGGGGACCUGGAUAACCUCAAGUAUAAAAUCCUCUCAGGGAACAAAGGCCGCUACUUCAACAUCAAUGAAUCUUCAGGAAUCAUCUCCUUUUCUAAUGUCUGUAAGAGGAAUCUGGAUCCUUACUACAACCUGACUGUGGCGGUGUCGGACGGAGUGUUUCAGAAAACCGCACCAGUGAAUAUUGACAUGAUAAACAGCAACAGGCAUAGUCCGCACUUCAAGCAGAGCAUCUACGAAGCAGAGCUGGCUGAAAAUGCAGAGUCAGGAACUCGGGUGAUCCGGUUAGCGGCCAUUGACCCCGACGACGGGCCGUAUGGCAGUGUUGACUACACCAUCAUAAACAAACUCGCUGAUGAGACGUUUGCCAUCGACAUUGAUGGGCAGAUUGUUACGACACAACCGUUGGACAGAGAGAACCCGGCCCAGAGAGUCAUAGCCAUCAAAGUGAUGGCUAAAGAUGGCGGCGGAAAAGUGGCCUUUUGCACGGUCAAGAUUAUUCUCACAGACGAGAACGACAACGUUCCUCAGUUCAAAGCAUCAGAGUACCAGGUUUCAAUUCAGUCAACUGUAAAUAAAGGCUCCCCCGUCAUCCAAAUCAUGGCUUAUGAUGCAGAUGAUGGCAAAAAUGCAGACGUCACCUACACAGUGGAUGAAGCCGAAGAGAUGACCGAAGACAUCAUCGAGAUCAACCCCUUCACUGGAGUCGUGAGUGUCAAAGAGAGUCUAGUUGGCAUGGAGAACAAGAUCUUCAACUUCAAAGUCAAAGCACGCGAUGGCAGCGUUCCUUUCUAUAACUCCACAGUCCCUGUUCAGCUCAAAGUGGUUCCUCCUGAGAUUCCUCUUCCGAAGUUCUCAGAGCCCCUCUACACCUUCUCGGCUGCAGAGGACAUCCCCAUUGGGACAGAGGUAGGCUCGGUGAGGGCGGACUCCAACAUGCCCCUCAUUUACAGCCUGGUGAACGGGAACACUGUGGAAAGCAACAAAGACAAAGUGUUCCGUUUGGACAAAGAAAGCGGAACUUUGCUGUUGCAGAAGACCAUCGAUCACGAAAAGACGAAAUGGUAUCAGAUAGAUGUGAUCGCUCAGGGGAGCCAUAACGGGACCGAUGUUGCAUCCUUGGUGUCGGUCAGCAUUCAGGUCCAAGAUGUGAACGAUAACCAGCCGGUGUUUGAGGCAAACCCAUACAGGGCCUUCCUGGCUGAGAACAUGCCUGCAGGAACCACUGUUAUUCAGGUGACCGCCAACGACCCGGACAUGGACACCAACGGCCGUGUGACCUACAGCUUGGAGCCUCUACCCGAUGACACCGCGGCGGACGCCACCGAGGUGUUCUCCAUCGACGGAGACAGCGGCUGGAUCACCGCCGUGCGGGAGACGGACUGCGAGGCCGCCAGGUUCUACCGGUUCAACGUGAUCGCCACGGACCACGGCGGCAACGUCAAGCUGUCCUCCAGCGUCGCGGUGGAGGUGACGGUGACGGACGAGAACGAUAACCCGCCGAAGUUCUCCGACGACGUGUACCGCGGCUCCGUGGUGGAGAACAGCAGUCCCGGGGAAGUGAUCGUCUCCAUGAUGACCACGGAUGCUGACGUGUCGCUGGAGAACCGCCUCGUGACGUGUUACAUCACAGACGGGGACCCUUUGGGCCAGUUUGCCAUCAUCCAGGAGGACGAGGGCAAGUGGGGUUUGAUCGUGAAGGAAGCUCUGGACAGAGAGACCAGAGACCGAUACACGCUCAAAGUCACGGCCACCGAUGGGAAGUCUGAGGCUCCGGUUACUGUGGACGUCCACGUCCUGGACAUCAACGACAACAGUCCACAGUGUGAACAGCUGGUGUACACGGAGGCGGUGAUGGAGAACUCGCCCUCCAGCACGUUUGUGCUGAAGGUUUCGGCCUCGGACCCGGACGUGGGAGCUAAUGGCCAGAUCUCCUACACCCUCCACGGUCCCAACGCAGACAAGUUCCAUCUGGACCACAGGACAGGUGAGCUGUUCACUCUGGCCACGUUGGACCGUGAGCGGGAGGUCGAGUACAACGUGGCGGCGAAGGCGACGGACGGCGGCGGGCGGUCGUGUCAGGCAGACAUCCGGCUGACCAUCCAGGACAUGAACGACAACCCGCCACACUUCUCCUCCAGCCACUACGAGGUCACCGUGUUCGACAACACCACCGUCAGGACUCCCGUCGCCGUCGUGUACGCCAAGGACCCGGACGCUGGUAUAAACUCUGAGGUGAAGUACUCGCUCCUGGCGGGCGACGGCGGCUACUUCUCUCUGGAGGAGGUUUCUGGGAUCCUGCGGCUGGAGCGACCUCUGACCUCCGACGCUCCGCCCGCCUUCGAGCUGAGGGUGAAAGCCACCGACCGCGGCCUGCCUCGUCACCUUUACUCCGUUGUGGCCGUGACGGUGGACGUGGUCUCCCUGGACGACUACCAGCCCGUUUUCCUGAGCUCGGAGUACACCGCUCAAAUCCCAGAAUCCCUGGCGGUCGGGUCGGAGGUGCUGAGCGUCUCAGCGCUGACGAGGGACGGCGGAGGGCCGGAUCCCAUCGUCUACCGGAUCGCGUCCGGCAACGAGGAGGGACGCUUCCUGCUGGACACACGGACAGGCCUGCUGACCCUCGUGGCCCCGCUGGACUUUGAGGUUUCCCGGGAGCACUACCUGUCUGUAGAGGGAAGUCGUGGCAAGUCGUCCCUCAGCGACGUCACCACGGUUAUCAUCAACGUGAUGGACCUGAACGACAACGCGCCGGUGUUCGGACGAGGCGACCACAGCGCUGAGAUAUCGGAGGAUCUCACGCCUGGAGGCCUGGUGAUGAAGGUAACAGCCAGCGAUCGAGACGGUCCCAUCAACAAUCUGCUGCGUUACUCCAUAGUGAGCGGGGACUCUCUGCAGCAGUUCUCUAUUCACCCUCGUAGUGGAGAAAUCACUGUCCGCACUGCACUGGACAGAGAAGAGGUCCCUCAUUACUCUCUGACGGUGCAGGCAGCAGAUGAAGGUAAUCCUCCUCUGUCCUCGGCCGUCCUCAUCACCAUCACCGUCACUGACGUCAACGACAACGCACCCGUCUUCUCCCAGGUCAACCACAGUCUGCAGCUGCAGGAGGGCGAGUCGCUCGGCCGCAGCGUCCUCCAGCUCGUGGUGACGGACAAAGACACGCCCAGGAACGGACCGCCGUUCUCCAUCCACAUCGUCAGCGGCAAUGAGGACCGCCGCUUCCACGUCGACCAGGGCGGCCUGCUGUCGCUCUCUGCUCCGCUCAGAAAGAAGGUCAAACCCCACCACCAGCUCAAGAUACAGGUGACAGACAGCGGCCUCCCCCCCCUCUCCUCCAUCUGUGUGGUCAACAUCAACGUCACCGAGCAGAGCAAGUACCCUCCCUCUGUGGCGCCCCUGGAGGUCUUCAUCACCACCUCCGGUGGGCUGUUUGCCAACCGGCUCAUCGGCCGGCUCCACGCCUCAGACCAGGACCUGCAGGACGUCCUGACAUACAAGCUGGUGUCGGAGCACCCGGGCAGGGGCAGGUUCUCCGUCGACCUCGCUGACGGCAAAAUCUGGGCGGACGAGAACCUGAAGGAGGGUUCCUACUCGCUCAACGUCAGCGUGGCGGACGGGAAGUUCAGCGUCUGGACCGAGGUCAGAGUUCACGUGUGGAAGGCGGACCAGAAGGCGCUGGACUCCGGCCUGACGCUGCAGCUGGUCGGGUUGUCACCGGAGGAGUUUCUGGGCGCCCACUGGAGAGGCCGGCAGCACAGCUUGGGACAAAGUCUGGGUUUACCCGGACAGGAGCUUCACCUGGCCAGCCUGCAGCAGCUACCUGACGCCCGGGGCCUGGAGGCCCUGCUGAUCUGGAGGCCUCAGAGUGGACUCGCCCAGACUCCGCCCACCAGCAGACUCGCAGGUAUUACAUCGGCCAUCGAGGACUCUCUGGGCCUCAGGAACCUCAGGGUGAUCCACAACGGGUGUGUGGGUGCCGGCUGUCCGUCGCGAGGCUGCAGGAACGCCGUCCGGCUGACGUCGGAUCGACUGAGCCAUUUCACCGCCGCCGGAGCCGGUUACAUCACCCCGCGACACACCUGGGAGAGCGUCUGCCCCUGUAACGAGUCGGCCGUGAGGUUCGAUGGUCACGCCUACCUGAAGUACCUCCACCAGAUGGAUGAAGACAACCAGGACUUCAAACUGUCUCUGAGGUUCAAGACUUUCCAGGACGGAGGCGUCAUCGUGUCCACCGACAGCACCGACGACUGGGGAGCUUUACAGCUGACCGAUGGAGAGCUGCACUUCAGGUUCAGCUGUGGAAACACCUCCCCCGGUUCCUUACUCAUCAGAUCUGAUCCGGUGUCUGACGGCCGGUGGCACAGCGUCCUGCUGGAGGUCAACUCCAGCGCCCUGCGACUGACCCUGGACCAGCAGCGUCCGGCCUCUGUCCCCCUGACCGAGCCGUGCCGGAUGUUGCGCCCCCACGGCGCUUUGCUCUUCGCCUCCCCGUCUCGGGACGCCUCUCCAGAGGUCCUCCGGCGUCCGCGUAACUUCACCGGCUGCCUGGAGGCCCUGGAGCUCAACGGGGAGCCGAUCAGAGGAGUCGGUGACGCGGCGGAGUGGGCCGGGCCGGGGGGCCGGCGGGUGUUCGGGGUUUACCGGUGCUGCGGCAGGGCCUGUGACGACCACCCCUGUCAGAACGAAGGGGUCUGUGAGGAGGACGCCAGCGGAGAGCCGCGCUGCAGGUGUUCGGGAUUCUUCCACGGCGCCCGCUGUGAGCUGGCCGACAACCCGUGUGCCUCCCAGCCGUGUGAUCAGGGCCGGGUGUGUGUGCCCAAACCUCAAGGUUACAUGUGCAACUGCUUACCGGACAACACAGACACACGGUAAAAACACACACACACACACACACACACAUUAAUUUAUUGACUUUAUUAACAUGCAGUAGUUUCUAUACUGGUGAACACGUGUGUGCUGUGUGAUCCCUCCCUCAAGAUGUGAUGAUGCUGGAAAAAUCGUAUUCAUGAAAAUGCUGUUUCAGAAGCUUUUACAGAAGAUUAAGAUUAUGACCAGCAGGGGGCGACUCCUCUGAUUGUAUAGAA